AUGGCACUCACAACAAUCGACAACUUCAUCAACAACGAGUUUGUCAAACCCACCGAGGGCGCCUACUUUGACACAUUCAACCCCGCUCAUGGCGUACCCCAUGGCCAGAUCCCCGACUCGACAAAGCCAGACGUCGACCUGGCCUACAAAGCGGCCUCUACGGCGUUCACCACCUGGUCCAAGACCACAAAGGCCGAACGAUCCCGGAUCCUCUACAAGAUUGCCGAUCUGAUCGAUGCACGUCAAGACGAGUUUGUUCGAGCAGAGUCCAAGGACCAAGGGAAACCUAUUUCGUUGGCCAAAAGCGUUGAUAUCCCGCGUGCGGCGUAUAAUUUCCGGUUCUUUGCUGGAAAGAUCCUACACUCUGUUGAGGAGGCGGCCGAGCUGGAGGGUGUGGGGUUCAACUAUUCCCAGCGGAUGCCUAUCGGAGUCGCGGGCUUGAUUUCUCCUUGGAACCUGCCCUUGUAUCUCUUGACCUGGAAGAUCGCUCCCUGCAUUGCCUGCGGAAACACUGCAAUCUGCAAGCCCUCCGAGUUCACAUCUCUGACCGCCUACAUGCUCUGCUCCGUCCUUAAGGACGCCGGCCUCCCCGCAGGAGUCGUCAACAUGGUCUUUGGCACCGGAAUGAAGGCUGGCCAGGCCCUCGUCGAGCACCCCCGCAUCCCCCUCAUCUCCUUCACUGGCGGCACCGUCACCGGCGCAAAGAUCAUUGCCAACUCUGCCCCAUACUUCAAGAAACUCUCCCUCGAGCUUGGAGGCAAGAACGCCAACAUUGUCUUUGCGGAUUGUGAUUUCGAGAAGGCUCUUACGACCAGUUUGAGGUCUAGCUUUGCGAACCAAGGCGAGAUUUGUCUUUGCGGGUCGAGAAUCUUUGUGGAGAGACCGAUUUAUGAGAAGUUCUUGAAUGGUCUUGUUGAGGGAGCCAAGAAGUUGAAGGUUGGAGAUCCCUCGGCACCUGAUACUAAUUUGGGCGCGCUUGUGUCGAAGGAGCAUUGGGAGAAGGUCAUGAGCUAUAUUGAUUUGGGUGUGAAGGAGGGAGGCAAGAUUGAGUGCGGUGGCCAAAAGCCUGUUUCUCUCCAGGGCGAGUUCCAGAAUGGCUACUUCUUGGAGCCCACCAUCAUCUCUGGAUUGACGCCAAGCUGCAGAGUGAUGCGCGAGGAGAUUUUUGGUCCCGUGGUGACAAUCUACGCCUUCGACACUGAGGAAGAAGUCAUCCAGAUCACCAACGACUCCGAGUAUGGUCUCUCCUGCUCCAUCUGGACCGAGAACGGUCGUCGUGCUCGUCGUGUUGCGGGCGAGAUCCAGGCUGGCACUGUCUGGGUCAACACUUGGAUGGCGCGUGAUCUACGCAUGCCCUUUGGAGGAAUGAAGAAGUCUGGAUUGGGACGCGAAGGCGGUGAGCAUUCGUUGGACUUUUAUACGGAGCUCAAGACUAUCUGCCUCGCCGACUAA